AACACGGCCCUAGCUCCCGCCCUUUCAUCUCAAUGUCCAAAACCAAAAGAAGAAAACCAAAACCCCAGCCUUUUGAAAUUCGCGGCUACUUAAACCCUCUCUUCCACUCUCUUCUUCCCCACUGAUGCAAGUCUCAGACAUGCGAGCACUCAAAACCCUCUACUCCCAACACCUCCGCAGCCUAGCCUCCUACAGACCCCCCUCUCUAAUCUCAUGCCAUAACUCUCCCCUAAACCCUAGAAAAUUCCCCCACCGCAAAACCAUCCACUCCACCUCCCACCGCCGUAAUGAAUCCGGCUGGACCGCUUCGAACGCGUGGGACAACAGUAACAACCACGCCGGUUCCAGACCCGAGAAAACAAGCCCUAGCGGCGUCGCCGCCGUUUACGAUCCCAUCUCGGGCCACCUCGUCACGAGACGAGGAGGACCUCAGUCCGGUACUGAAGAUCGAGAACCGGAAUCGAGUAGUAUAGGUGGUGAUGAGGAUGCUUAUAAGGAGAGGACUUAUGGGAAUGUAAUUAGGAGAGAGAGUUUGGGAGGAGGAGGGUCUGAAAAGCAGGGUUUAGGGUUAGGGUCCGGGGGUCGGGGUGUUUAUGUGAAUAGGAAGAAGGGGAAGGGAAAGGUGGCUUGGGUGUGUUCGAGUUGCGGGCAUUCGGAGGGGCAGUGGUGGGGGGCGUGCAGGGCUUGUGCUAGUGUGGGCACGAUUGUGAAGUUUGUGGAAGGGGUUUAUGAUGAGGGAAAGACGAGCGGGUUUGAGAUUUCGGAGAAUGUGGUGAGGACGUGGUUGCCGAAUCAGGGGACCGAGACAGUGCCUUUGAGGUUGACGGAUGUGAAUAGGGGGGUCAAUCAGACUGAGUGGCGAAUUCCAUUGCCUGGUCUUUUUGGAAAUGAAGUUGCUAGGGUGCUUGGUGGUGGUCUUGUUCCAGGAUCUUUGGUUUUGGUUGGUGGUGAUCCUGGUGUUGGCAAGAGUACUUUGUUGUUGCAGAUUGCUGCAUUAAUAGCAGAAGGGCAUGGUUUUGGUAAACCAGCUCCAGUUAUCUAUGUAUCCGGUGAAGAGAGUGUUGAACAAAUUGGGCACAGAGCGGAUCGAAUGACGAUUGAAACAGAAGAAUUGUUCUUAUAUUCGAGCACUGAUAUUGAGGACGUGUUUGAGAAAAUUCAGCAUCUCUCCCCUCGGGCUUUAGUUAUUGAUUCCAUUCAAACAGUUUAUCUGAAAGGAGUGACCGGAAGUGCCGGAGGACUGCCACAGGUGAAAGAAUGUACGUCAGCAUUGCUGCGUUUUGCUAAGAAGACAAGCAUUCCUGUUCUUCUUAUUGGACAUGUGACUAAAACAGGAGACAUAGCAGGACCUCGUGUCUUGGAGCACAUUGUUGAUGUCGUUUUAUAUAUGGAGGGGGAGAAAUUUUCUUCUCAUCGCUUACUUAGAUCCGUGAAGAAUCGUUUUGGAUCCACUGAUGAGCUUGGAGUAUUUGAAAUGUCACAAUUAGGAUUGCAAGCUGUUUCAAACCCCAGUGAGAUGUUCUUGAGUGAGCAGCAAUCAGAUUCAGAGGUUUUAGCAGGAUUAGCUGUUGCUGCGAUGAUGGAUGGAUCUCGAACUUUUCUGAUUGAAAUUCAGGCAUUAUGUGUCUCUGGCUCAUCGGGUUCGAGACAAGUAAAUGGUGUUCAAGCUAGCCGAGCAGACAUGAUUAUUUCAGUUCUUAAGAAGCAGGCUGGCCUGAAGCUUCAAGAGCACGGCAUCUAUUUAAAUGUGGUUAGUGGGGUGACACUGUCAGAGACAGCUGGUGAUCUUGCUGUAGCAGCUGCAAUUUGCAGUAGUUUCUUGGAAUUUCCUAUUCCCAAUAAUGUAGCAUUCAUUGGAGAAAUUGGCCUUGGUGGUGAGCUUCGCGGAGUACCAAGAAUGGAGAAGAGACUGAAUACAGUGGCGAAGCUGGGAUACAAAAAAUGCAUAGUCGCCGAAUCAGCACAAAAAUCACUCGCUGGCCUGGCUUAUGAGGGAAUGACAAUCGUGAGGUGCAGGAAUCUGAAGGAAAUGAUCAAUACUGUUUUUACUUCAGCCUGACACAAAGCUAGAGAUGUCUGACUUAUUUUGUCUUUUUGCUUCAUAGUUAGAAUGCCAGCAGUUAUUAGCAAGUUAGACUUGACUAACAGGCCUUCGAUUGCUCCUCCAUUUUGCUUUCUCUUAGCUUAAACCAUCCUAUUGCCUUCUUCGGCCUCGGGUGGGGCCCGUGCACCUAUGCCCUAUGGGUUUUAGGUCUCCUUCAGGGGGCCACUGUGAGUUUGGAGUCCGUUUGGUCACCUCAGGGGAGGGUAGCUACACCUGGUCGCCCCUACCAUCACCCUUUUAACUAGCAAAAAAAAAAAAUCCCAUUGCUAUGUAACUACCUUGAUAUGUUGAGAGGUGAGAGUAUAUGUAAUAUAUACAGCAUUCAUAGCCCCCAAUUACCGGAGUUGAAAACUAAGUUUAUUUGCUCAUUCA